UAGUGUUAUUACAGCAAAUAGAAAUAAACAUUCUGAAAUUCACUGAAGUUCUCCCAGAUACCAGCAUUAUAAUAUUAAACUAAACGUUGCAAACGUCUACGUACCACCUGAUUCUUUAUGUCAAAACAAAAGAUGGUUAUUCGACACUGAAUAAUAAACUAAAUAGUUUUAGUUCAGUUUAAUGUAAUAGGAAUUAUGAAAAAGGUUCAGGGAAACGAUUCAUUUCAUCGCAUAAAUUACUUGUACCAAGUAAGCAAACACAUAGUGAAAAUAAACCCAGCAUUAUCGUCGUACUAUGGCAACCUAAUGGUAAACGUUGCAAAGAAGAAUGUCUUGAAAAUUCAUCCUGACAUAAAGAGACAGAUUUGUAAGAAAUGCCGCUGUAUGCUAAUAUUCGGAGAGACGGCUAAAAUGAAGAUCAAGACGAGACAUAAACAGAAGGUUGUAGAAUGGACCUGCAAUACCUGCGGUACUAAGAAAUCUCUUCCGGCCUCGAAAGACAAGGACCCACUGUGGUUAGAAAGAGACGAAGCUGUUGUUGAGGUUAUUAAUUAAUUUAGUUUUAUGUUAAAGUUAGAGCCGGUUAAAAGUUUUGGUUAGACGGACUGAUAAUUUAGUUCGCACAAGUUGUGUGUACAUGAACUUAAGAAAAUAAUCGGAAUUUUUGAAAAUAUUGAAUAUAUAUAAGUAGAAAUUAAGUUUACCA